GACCAUUUCAAGAAAUCGCGAGACCGAGACGGCACCAACGCUACAAACUACAAAGCGUUGAGGGGGGCGAUGCUCGGCCAUCUCUCGUCUCGUUGUUCCGCUCGCCUUCCCUUCCUCGCUGCCGCCGCUUUCUUCUCCAACAACCUUUCCCACCUCUCCCCCUCCGCCAUCUCCUCGAUCCCAUCUUCUCCUCCUCCACGACUAUCCACGCCUCUUUGCCCGCCGGCGGACGGAGGGAGAUCUCCUCUCCUGCUGCGGAGAGGGCUCGCCGGCGAUAUCGGAGGAGGAUCUUCUGCGGCCCGAUUGAUGGAAUCGCUGGUGGGUGGGCGGGAUGAGGCGAUGGAAUUUCCAGGGGUGGUUGCUGGGAGUAGCCAAGAAGUUCAAUUGAAGCUCGAGGAGCUGAAUUGGGACCACUCCUUCGUCAGAGAGCUUCCUGGUGAUCCAAGAACCGAUACAAUUCCUCGGGAGGUGCUACAUGCAUGUUACAGUAAAGUAUCACCAUCUGCUGAAGUGGGGAAGCCUGAGCUUGUAGCUUGGUCAGCAUCUGUUGCCAAGCUGCUUGAUUUGGAUCCUAAAGAAUUUGAAAGACCAGACUUCCCACUAAUAUUUUCUGGAGCAGUGCCUUUGAAGGGAGGGUUGCCCUAUGCUCAAUGCUAUGGUGGGCAUCAGUUUGGUGUGUGGGCAGGUCAGCUAGGGGAUGGUCGUGCAAUAACCCUUGGUGAGCUUUUAAAUUCUCGAGCUGAAAGGUGGGAGUUACAGCUUAAGGGUGCCGGGAGGACUCCUUAUAGCCGAUUUGCAGAUGGCCUUGCAGUCUUGCGUAGUAGCAUCCGUGAAUUCCUAUGCAGUGAAGCAAUGAUUGGACUGGGAAUUCCUACAACUCGUGCGCUUUGCCUUGUUACAACUGGCAAAAAUGUUACUCGUGACAUGUUUUAUGAUGGCAAUCCUAAGGAGGAACCGGGUGCAAUUAUUUGCAGGGUUGCUCAGUCCUUUUUGCGUUUUGGUACUGACCAAAUCCAUGCCUUUAGGGGAAACGAAAACCUUGAUAUUAUUCGUGCAUUGUCAGAUUAUGCUAUCCGCCAUCAUUUCCCUCACUUAGAGAAGAUGAGCAAAAGUAAUGACAUAUCUUUUGAGGUCAGCCAGGAGGGUUCUUCAGCAGUUGAUUUGACAUCUAACAAGUACGCAGCUUGGUCAGUUGAGGUUGCUGAGCGUACUGCUUCCUUGGUCGCCAGUUGGCAAGGAGUUGGCUUCACCCAUGGUGUGCUGAACACAGACAACAUGAGUGUGCUGGGUCUAACAAUUGACUAUGGACCUUUUGGUUUCUUGGAUGCUUUUGAUCCAAGUUAUACUCCAAAUACCACGGACCUCCCAGGAAGGCGGUACUCUUUUGCCAACCAACCAGAUAUUGGCUUGUGGAACAUCGCACAGUUUACUGCAACUUUAUCAGCCGCACAUUUGAUUAGUAAAGAGGAGGCAAAUUAUGCAAUGGAAAGAUAUGGGAUUAAAUUCAUGGAUGAAUACCAGUCAGUGAUGACAAGAAAACUUGGUCUAUCCAAGUACAACAAGCAACUGAUAAAUAAGCUCCUCAACAACAUGGCUGUCGAUAAAGUUGACUAUACAAUUUUUUUUCGGUUGCUUUCUAACAUCAAAGCAGACCCUAAGAUUCCAAAAGAUGAGCUGCUUGUUCCUUUUAAAGCUGUGCUGCUAGACAUUGGCAAGGAGAGAAAAGAAGCAUGGACCAGCUGGGUGCAAACCUAUAUCGAGGAGCUGGUCGUGAGUGGCAUCCCAGAAGAACAAAGAAAGGUUGCAAUGGACUCAAUUAACCCAAAGUAUAUUCUACGGAAUUAUUUAUGCCAAAGUGCCAUCGAUGCUGCUGAACUAGGCGACUAUGGAGAAGUUCGCAGGCUACUGAAACUUGUCGAACAUCCAUAUGAUGAACAGCCAGGGAUGGAGAAGUAUGCACGCUUGCCACCUGCAUGGGCUUACAGGCCAGGCGUGUGUAUGCUGUCUUGUUCUUCCUGAGGCAAGUUUCUACACUCCUACUAAAUAGCACUGAUUGUAUAAUAGUGUCAGAAAAUUUUGCUGUAAUAAUGACAUAUGAAUAGAGCAUGUCCAUAUCAGCAUCUUAAUUCAACAGUGUAAUGUGUAGUGUUUCUGUGUAUCGUCUAUUGCAAGAUGAGAAUGUCUGCUAUUGCUGUUGGACAUCAAUAAAUGAUUGAAAGGUAACAUAUUUGAGAGACUUUUACGCAAA